ACCGGUUUCGAGUACGUGAUGAUAGAUAUUCCGAUUACGACAGUACGAAUAAAUCUCGACGUGGUCGCAAAAAGGAUCGGUCUGGUAAUGGAAGUGAACGAGGCGACUAUUCAUCUGGCUAUUAUCAUCCGACUGUGGCACAGAUAUAUGGUUAUGAUCCAUACUCAUCGUAUUACCAACACCAACAAUACUACGAAAAUUUGCGGCGCACUAAUCCAAUCGCAUAUGCUGAAUGGUACAAUCGUUAUUUUGCUAGCCAAUUGACAGCAGCCGCUUCGGCAGUCGUUGUCGCUAGCGAUGGGGGUAGAGAAUCUGGCCGGGAAUCGGUUCAUUCUGGUCGAAGUUCUUCCAAAGACAAUAAUGACAGGUAUAUGUUGUCGGCAAAUCCCACCUUCUACCAAUCAUUCGGUGCAAAUAAAAUGCAUUCGCAUGCUCAGCGGUUGUCACAUAAAGAAUUUAGUACUCAUCACAACUCAACAUUGUUGGACAACGCAUCAACAAUAUUACAUCGUACCCACGAACAACCAUAUUAUGCAUCUAGUGAUAUUGGUUCACGUUCGCCUUUUACACACAAAUUAGAACAACAACUGAAUUCUUUGGAUGGUGCUGCGACAUCUUUGGAACCAGAAAGAUUGACACCACUGAAGUUCACGUCUACACAUAGCUGUGCUUCUUUCCAAAAUGGUUUACUUGUUUGCGUCAAACAAAAAUAUCUGCCAUCGAAUGAGAUGCAAAAUAAUGUUCAUCUUCUAAAAUUUGCACUCAAUAAUCAAACCAAACGUUUGUAUCAGAUGUUCCCUGGACCAUUAACUCCUAUUUCGCACACAAAGCAAGUGAUUGACUAUUGUUUGGAACAAAUUCGCCAUGGACCAAAUGUUUCGAAUUUGAAUUCACGAUCGACUAGCAAUUCAAUGUCAAGUUUACAGUCAGUAGAUCAAUCGAGCCGAGCUUCAUUUGCACUAUUGUGGAAUUUCCUCAUUUUAUUAUUGCGGCAACGUGGUGUUUUCGUUGGUUCAGACAUAGCCGAAUUGCUAUUGAAAAAUAAAGACGAAUUUCCUUAUGAACAACCACAAUUGAAUAGCACAAAACUAUCAACAGCGCAAAAGGAUAAUGGUGAGACUUUAUCGGACGUUGAAUCGAAAGAUGAAAGCAACGUUGCAAUCUCGAAUGAUAGUGAACAACAACAAACCAGUCUCAGUGAAUGGGAAGUAACCGAAAAAUUCCGUGAAUUCUUAUUAUAUGGUAGCAUAAAUGAGGCUCUUGAAUGGGCAACAGAAAACAAUCUUUGGGGUCAUGCAUUAUUUUUAGCUUCAAAAAUGGACCGUCGAUCACAUGCGAAUGUUAUGAUAAAGUUUGCAAAUAAAUUACCGUUAGCAGAUCCACUUCAAACCCUGUAUCAACUAAAAAGUAGCAGAAUUCCGCUUUCUGUAACAAGUACUCAAGAUGAAAAAUGGGGAGACUGGCGACCACACCUUGCAAUGAUUAUUUCAAAUCCAUCACAAUCAAACACAGAGCUUGAUCGCAAAGCUAUUAUUACAAUGGGAGACACUCUUCACAAUCGUGGAGAUCUUUUUGCUGCACAGUUCUGCUAUUUGAUGGCAAAGGUUGAAUUCUCCAAGUAUUCGGACGUGAAACACGACGCCUCAAUGAUUUUAAACAAUACUUCAAACGCAGUUCGGUUAAUACUUCUCGGGGCCUCGUGUUAUAAAUCAUCGUUUGCUGAAUUCGCCAGCGACGAAGCAAUAAUAAUGACAGAAAUAUAUGAAUAUGCAUGUUCACUGGCCAAUAGUCAAUUUUCAAUUGCUGAAUUUCAACCGUAUAAGUAUCUACUUGGCACCCGCAUGCUUGACUAUGGAUUUCAUUUGAAAUCACUUUUAUACAUGGAACAAGUGGCAUUGCAUAUUCAGAAGAAUCCAAGCCAAUACGAACGUUCGUUCAUCGAAAAAGUCUACAAUGUGGCUGACAAAUUGAAAUAUUUUGAUCCGGUUUUAGAAAAAAGUCUUGACAAUUUGAAUGAAGAAGACGGUACUAUGCAAAGCGGUGGACAAUUGCAAUGGCAACAGGAUUUAUUUAAUUUAUUAGGACAAACUCAAACUGUUUACGCUGAAAAUACAGGUUCAACGAUUCCAGUUGAUCCGUAUCAGCACCAGCAUGUGAGCCUACCUCCGACGACAAAUGUUUCCAGCCAAAUAGAUCAAGAAUUCUCACAGAUUAAUAAACAGUUCCAAGGCUUGAGUCUACAGUAUCAAAAUCCAACAUAUGAGUAUGAAAGUCUGGGAGUAGAAUCAUCCUCAGCUCAAACAGUGGACGUCAACAGUUACGUUAUGGAGCAACCACCAAACCAAUAUAAACAACAACCGCCAAUUUCGUACGAACCGCGUCAACCAUCUGAUUUAUAUGGACAACAGCAACCUGAAUUUUCUGGAAAAACCAACACUGGAUAUCUGUCAGAACAACAGCCGUCACAAACGCAUCAAUUGCCUUUAUACAAUGAACAACUUCCCUAUGGAUCAUCCGAAUUUGGAAUUAACGAGAUGAAAAGACAUGACUACGAUAAUACGACGGGACUACAAUCACAAAUGCCAACGUUAAAUCAAUUGUCAGAGCAGGAAGAGGAUGAUAAUGAUGAUGAUGAUGGUGAAUAUGAUGACGAUAUUGAAGAAGGUUGUGAGGAUGAUGUGGACAAUGUACCCAAGCCAACGAUUUCAAUGCCAAACUCAUUCCAGAAUAAGCCUGGAUUCUAUGAGGGCGCCGCAGAUUCUGUGGCUAACACCGAAAGUGAAUCAAAUAAGGGAGCCGACAUGGACAAAAAACAAUCACAACAACAAACACAGAAAAAACAGGCCCCGAACUGUGGGACAAAUGACAAUUCAAGAAGUGGUUGGAUUGGUGGGAUUUUCAAUAAACUGACAUUUAAACCGAAAAAUCAAAUGAUAUUGCCCGAUGAUAAAAAUCCAAGCAUAAUUUGGGACGAACAAAAUAAGAGAUGGAUUAAUAAAGAUCAGGAUGAAGACGAGAAAGAAUCCUUUAAACCACCACCAAAAAUGGCGGAAUUACCUGCAAUGACACAGCCCUUAAAUAUUUCAAAUAAAAUUUCCAACAUUCCAACCUCAGAUCAGAUGCACAUAAUGCAUACAUAUGGCAGCCCAAUGCUAUCAGGGUCCAAUAUGCAAGACAGUAAUGUGAAUAGUAGCAAUGACCCAAUAUUGGCCGCACCUAGUCUUCAAUCGAAUAUGUUCAAAAUGCAAAGAAACAAAACACUUAAAAAAUCAUAUGUGGAUGUUUUCAAUCCAUCUGGUGCUGCACCGAAAAAUGAUAUUCCAAUCCUGGCGCCAAUGAUGCCCAUGAUGCCAACAUUACCAACACAACCGAGCUUCUUCGUUCCAGCGGCUACUGUUCCAAACACCAAAGAACAAAACCAGGAUGAAUUUUUUUACAACUCAAAUCAAUAUGGAGGUGGAGGAUAUCAGCAACAAUGAAAAACUAAAAAUAGUAUAUUCAAUAUUAUCCUUGGGUUAUAAUUAUGUCAUCAUAUGAAGCUAAUGUAAUAAAGAGUAGGCUACCGAUUCAAGAUUAUGCAGCCAAUAAAACAACAACUAUUACUUUGAAAUUUUUGUAUAUAUAGAAUAUAAAACUGCUGGAACAAAUUGGCAAUUUUUACGUGUUGACUCUUAUUUUUGGCAAAUCAAAGUAUUGAAAUUCAAAUAGAUUUAGUAAUUAAUUAUAAAUAAAGAUUUAUUAAUUUAUAUACAAA